GCAAGUCUCAGAAGCUCUCCUUUCCUGUGGGUUCCGGGCGGGUUGCCUGCUGGGCUCUGAGGAUCAGCCUAUCCUACCAUCCCCUGGGCCCAUCCUCGGACGUCAGCUCCAAUGGCAGCCCUCACAGACUUUGCUUUUAUGUACCGCUGGUUCAAAAAUUGCAAUCUAGUUAAAAACCUCUCUGAGAAGUAUGUCUUCAUCACCGGCUGUGACUCCGGCUUUGGGAACCUGUUGGCCAAACAGUUGGUUGAUAGGGGCAUGAAAGUGCUCGCUGCCUGCCUCACUGAAGAGGGGGCUCAGAGACUCCUGCAGGAGACCUCCUACCAGCUACAGGUUUUCCUCCUAGAUGUCACCAAGUCGGAGAACAUCAAGGCAGCGGCCCAGUGGGUGAGGGACCAAGUGGGCGAGCAAGGCCUCUGGGCCCUGGUGAACAACGCUGGAGUGGGCCUGCCCAGUGGUCCCAACGAAUGGUUGACCACAGAAGACUUUGUGAAAGUGAUCAACAUAAACCUGGUGGGGUUGAUUGAUGUCACCCUGAACAUGCUGCCAAUGAUCAAGAAAGCCAGGGGCAGGGUGGUCAACAUGUCCAGCUCUGGUGGCCUUGUGGCUGUCAUCGGUGGCGGUUACUGUGUCUCCAAGUUUGGUGUUGAGGCCUUCUCUGAUAGCAUCAGGCGCGAGCUUCAUUUCUUUGGGGUGAAGGUCAGCAUCAUCGAGCCAGGGAACUACAAGACAUCCAUUCUGGGGCAAGAAGCUCUGGAAUCACGCAUGAAGAAGCUGUGGGAUCGGCUGCCACAGGAGACCCGGGAUAGCUACGGAGAGGAGUAUUUCCAAACCUAUACUGAAAAGUUGGUUAAUUUGAUGAGGUCGGCAGAGCCAAGAAUCAGUGAUGUCACCAACAGCAUGGAACACGCCGUUGUCUCCCGGAGCCCUCGCACCCGCUACAACCCUGGCCUGGAUGUCAAGUUUCUCUAUAUCCCCCUGGCUAAGUUGCCCACCCCUAUAACAGAUUUCAUCCUCAGCAGAUACCUGCCAAGGCCAGCAGACAGUGUUUGAGUGGGUGAGCUCAAAGGGUAGCCAGUGGGGAACAGGGGACAGGGCAAAGGACAGAGGGAUCACAAGAGGUGUUAUUAUAUUUAUAUCGUGGGCAGAGAACAGCAUGCUUGGCUCACUUCCACUGCAGGCUGAUGUCUCCUCCCAUAUGCUGGGGUUGCCAGAAACCUGAUGUGGCCCUUGCUGAUUUAUAGAGUAGCAGCAUAGGCCCCAAGACACCUCACCUAGGCAGGUACUAGUGGUCCUGGCCCUGGGAAGAUCAAAGAGAAGAAAGCUGGCUUCUGUUGAAUGACAAGCUGUCACCAACUCCAUAAAACACCACGGGACAAUCUAGCCCACAGGAGACUCUGGAUCCCCUCCUCACAGCUCCUCUGGAUAGGCGCUGAUUUGUGUAUACAUGAAAUGUGUAACAUGGCUGCAAGACCUGCCGGAGUGUAUUCAGAGGUUUUAAGUGGUUUUCUUUUCUUGUGUUUCUCUAUCUGUAGGUGAUUGGGAUCCAUAUAACGCUUGCUUCUUUGAUCACCAUUGAUUACUGUUUUGAGUAUUUAGUGAGUACUUACCACCUUCCAUCACCAAAGCUCUGGGGGUAUUCGAGGAUGAUGAAAUCAUGAACUUUUUUUUUAAUUGUUUAUCUUGUGGUUUACUUUGUUACAAUAGCUAGCAGCAGAAAUAGGGCAGUGACAGAAAGGACAAAAAUCAGAAAAAAAAGGAAAUUUGAAGGACCCUGGAGUUCAAUAGUUCCCAAACUCGGAUGUUUAUGACGAUCACUCAGUUAUUUAAAAUACAGAUGGAGGAUGGAGAUAUGGCUCAGAGGUUAAGAGUACUUGUGCCUCACAGAAUCUGGGUUAGAGCCCCAGUAUCUACACGGUGUCUCACAGCCUCUAUAAUUUCAGUUCCCGGGGAUCUGAUGCCCUCUUCUGACCUCCACAGGUACCAAGCAUGCGUGUAAUGUGUAUAGAUACAUACAGGUAAAAACAUGCAUACACAUAAGAUAAAUCUUUCAAAAGUGAAUGUGUAAGGAAACUGAGCAUAGUAUCUCACGCCUGUCAUCCCAGCACUUAUGGAACUGAGACAGGAGGAUUCUUGUGAGUCCAAAGAAAGAUGAGAUUACAGAAUGAGACACUGCCUCAAGAAGCAAACCCUAGGACACAAACAAAAAAAGUCAUAGGAACCCCAAUGUUAGAAAAUCUGAUUCAAAAGACCUAGGGCAGAGCCCAGAACUAUGAAUUGUGUACCAAGGACCUAAAUGUUCCUGCACACUCGGGAGCCAGUGAUAGUCCUGCAGGAGAAGCAGCCAAUAGGCUCAGGGUGGGAAGUCAUUUUCCCAAAGGCCCCCAGCUAACUGACCAAACGAACAGAACCCUUUUCCAGCAGCAGGGGAUGAACUGUUUGUAACAUCUUCAAAUAAGUCAUAGAACUAAAUAAUUCAUAUCUUUAAAAACAGCUACAAACUUCUGGGUUACUUGAGCUUUUGAUGAAAAACUACUUUUUUGAUCAAGUUGGUAUACUGAGUAUCGAACCCAGAGCAUUCUAGGCAAGCACUCGCCACGAGCUAUACCCCAGCCCUUGGAUUUUCAAUUAGCUUACUCAGAAGUUCAGGCUGGUCUCGAACUUGCUAUAACUUUCACUCUUCCCUCAAACUCAUGAUUCUCCUGCCUCUGCUCCCAGUUUGCUAUGAUUACAGACAUGUGCCAUCGGUCCCAACAAUAACAGUAAUUAAAUAAAUAAAUAGAAUUGUUUAAAAUGUUGCUAACUGUUGGUACAAUAAAGAUCAAAUAUGAUUAUUUAAAACCAAAA